GAUCCAGCUCUCAGAAUGACCCUGGAGGUUUCAAUAGGCCCACCCCCUUCACUGCCUCGUGGCUGGUCUCCCCCAGAACUGCACACCAUGCUGGAGACGUCUUUGGAGAAGGCCCUGACCACUGUGGUCACCACUUUCCAUAAAUAUUCAGGGAGAGAGGGCAGCAAACUGACUCUGAGUAGGAAGGAGCUGAAGGAACUGAUCGAGAAAGACCUGUGUCUUGGUGAGUUAAUGCAGCAGUGGUUAAGAAUCCACCUGCCAGUGCAAAAAAACAAACAAAAAAAGGAGUACUCGGUGUUCCCAACCACGCUGUGUGUGGCCUACAACGACUUCUUCCUGGCGGACAACCAAUGACUGGGCCCUGGCCCCUGGCCCCUGCAGCUCCUCUCACAGACCCUCCGUAGCCCCUUGCCUUCCUCUCCCUCCCAGAUGGACCCUGCUUCAGCCUUCCCUUCCAGCAGAGGAAAUAAAGGUUUUUGAUUCCA